UAACUGCCACCAUUGGAAGACCCAACAUGGCAGCACACCAGCAGUCCUCGUCAGUCGUCAUCGACUCCGCAACCCGAUCCGUGCUCUCAUGUCCACCAUCGAGCGGGUUCCUGUCCUCUGCCGGUCCCUCGUCGCGCUCUUCCCCAGUCUGCGCCUCGGGACGGAUUAUUUAACAACUUGCGUUUUCGUUUUUCGCUUUGAUUUCUUUUUUUCCUCGCGAGGCUCCCUCUCUAGGGCUUUGACCCGCAGCCAUUUCGGGAAGUUUCGGAGUCCGGGUGAGCGAGUUCGAGUUGUCCUUUACCUUGUCGUCAUAGAGGUGGGCGCUUUGGACUUGUGCCGGUGCGUUUCUUGUUCUGCAUCGGCGGAUCGCCUCUUGACGGAGAAAAGAUGUGUUUUUGUUCCGGUGCUCACCGGUUUCUUCUGCUUCCCUAACCUUACGUGGAGGCUUUGGCACGGCGAAAGGUUAGGGCUUUCUCGGUGCAGGAUUUUCGUGUUUGAGCUUUGAAGGUUGGAUUUUUGGGGCUGCUUCUUGUUCUUUUUCAUCUGGUCUGGGUUCGGAGCACGUAAAAAAGCGCUUGAUUUGCUGAGCUUGGAGAAUUAAAAUGGCGGAAAAUAUGGAUGCUAAUAGCUGGCAGGAGAUGCUGCGGAAGAUAUUGCCUCCAGGAACCCCCAUUCCGGAGGCUCCAGCCAACCUCGAUUACUCCAUUGCCAUCGAGUACAAUGGGCCGCCAGUGUCUUAUGAGCUUCCGAGGGUUGACCCGGUGGACGUAAUCCCUACGGCUGAGACUGCAUCUGGCUCGCAUAGGUUUCUGAACAGCACCGCUCCACCCAUAGCUGAUCCAAUUCCUUUGCCUGUUUCUCGGAUUGCCCGGUGUGCUGACCCUUCACCCCGAAGCCCCCAGGCUUCUGGAAGCUCCGAGUCUGUGGAUUCUGUCUUGCAGAAUGAAGAAUUCACUGAUGCAUCCCCCUCAGGGUCUCCAGUUUCUGCACAUAGUAUGCCAAAUGGGCAGUCUAGCCGAUCAGUUAAUGAGGGGAGGAGGGCAUCAGUGGUUACUUUUGAGGAGAAAUCAGAAAGUAAAGACCUCUUUGAAGAUUUAUCAGGUUCUCCUCAGUAUGUUGGUGUUACCAGCAAGGAGAAGAGGAAAAAAGUGUGUUAUAGGUGCGGGAAGAGAAAGUGGGAGCGCAAAGAAGUCUGUCUGGUUUGUGAUGCCAGGUAUUGCAGCUACUGUGUGCUUAGAGCCAUGGGAUCGAUGCCAGAGGGGCGCAAGUGUGUCAGUUGCAUUGGACAACCAAUCGAUGAGUCAAAACGCUCAAAACUAGGAAAAAGUUCAAGGACAUUGUCUCGGCUUCUCAGUCCACUGGAAGUGAGGCAAAUUUUGAAGGCUGAGAAGGAAUGCCCCGCAAAUCAAAUCCGCCCUGAACAACUCACCGUGAAUGGAUUUCCACUGAGGCAAGAGGAGAUGGCAGAGUUGCUUAGCUGUCCCAUACCACCUCAAAAGUUGAAGCCUGGAAGGUAUUGGUAUGACAAAGAAUCAGGCCUAUGGGGAAAUGAGGGGGAGAAACCUGAUAGAAUUAUUAGUUCUAACCUGAAUUUCACUGGGAAGCUUCAGCCUGACGCUAGCAAGGGCAACACUGAAGUUUAUAUGAAUGGAAGACAAAUUACAAAAGUCGAACUAAGGGUGCUUAAGCUUGCUAAUGUGCAAUGCCCACGUGAUACACAUUUCUGGGUGUAUGAUGAUGGUCGCUAUGAAGAGGAAGGUCAAAAUAAUAUCAGGGGGAAAAUCUGGGAAUCGGCAUUGACAAGAUUUGCAUGUACUUUGUUCUCUUUGCCUGUACCACAUGCAGUUCCUAAUGGUUCUAAAAGUGAGGCACCAUAUGUACCCAGAAUCUUGCCUGAUUAUCUUGAGCAGAGAGUCCAAAAGCUUUUGCUUCUUGGACCCCAGGGAUCUGGAACAGGCACUAUUUUUAAACAGGCUAAGUUUAUGUAUGGAAAUAAGUUUUCUCAAGAUGAAUUGGAAAACAUGAAACUGAUGAUACAAAGUAAUAUUUACAAGUAUCUAAGUAUUUUAUUAGAAGGACGAGAACGCUUUGAGGAGGAGGCUUUGGCUAGGAUUGGAAAGACAGUCUCUGAUGACGAACAUUCUACUGAAGGAUUUUCAGGUCUAGAGGAAAGUGAAGCUAGUCGGCCAAAUCAAUGUGUUUACUCAAUCAAUGGAAGAUUAAAGCAGUUUUCUGACUGGCUUUUGGACAUAGUAGCCAUGGGGGACUUGGAUGCUUUUUUUCCUGCUGCAACACGUGAAUAUGCACCAUUGGUUGAAGAGAUGUGGAGAGAGCCUGCCAUACAGGAAACAUAUAAAAGAAGAAAUGAGCUCCAUUUUCUUCCAGAUAUUGCUGAAUACUUCUUGAAUAAGGCAGUUGAGGUAUCAAGCAAUGAGUAUGAACCUUCAGAGAAGGAUAUAUUGUAUGCAGAAGGAGUUACGCAAGGGAAUGGGCUAGCUUUUAUUGAAUUUUCACUUGAUGACCACAGUCCAAUGUCAGAACUCUACAAUGACAAUCCUGAAGCUCACUCGCAAGCACUUACUAGAUACCAACUGAUUAGGGUCAGCGCUAAGGGCAUGAAUGAAGGCUGCAAGUGGGUGGAAAUGUUCGAGGAUGUCCGCCUAGUAAUCUUCUGUGUGGCGCUCAGUGACUACGACCAGUUGGCAUCUCCCAUUAAUGAUAGCAACAAACCUCUGCAGAAUAAGAUUAUGCAAAGCAAGGAGUUAUUUGAGGCCACAGUCAGCCAACUGUGCUUCCAUGAUACCCCAUUUGUUCUCAUGCUCAACAAGUACGAUGCGUUCGAAGAGAAGAUAAACCGCAUUCCUCUGUCAACCUGCGAGUGGCUUAGAGAUUUCUCCCCGUUGAGGACUCACCAAAGCAACCAGAACCUAGCGCAGCAGGCUUACUAUUACAUAGCCAUGAAGUUUAAGGACCUCUACUACACCCUCACUAACCAGAAGCUCUUCGUUUGGCAAGCACGGGCACGAGAUCGCCCGACCGUCGAUGAAGCCUUCAAGUAUAUAAGGGAGGUGCUUAAGUGGGCCGACGAGAAAGAGGACAACAUGGUUUACAUGGAGGAUUCAUUCUACAGCACCACAGAGUUGAGUUCUAUCAGGCAGGAGGAAUGAUCAGUUCAGUCUCCCGACUCGUAACGAAACAAACGUCUGUGUAUAGUGUCGCCGUUGCUGCCGUGUAUAAUUUUCUCCAGAUUCUCUUGAUUCUGAACUCUGAUUGAUGAUUAUAAAUGUGAUUGCUUGCUGUAGACCUGAUUCCUAAUAAACUAUUGCAAUUUGGUGAAAACACCUAUAAAAUUUUAGUCAAGUUUGAAAGAUCCUCUAUGAUCAAUUUUACAACCAGGUUUGUUUGAUUGUGUU